AUGACAGAUAGAAAUAAAAAUUUACGCUCUCCAUUUAGUAACAGAACAUCAAAUAAUAAAACAGAGAAAACAUCUAACAUUGGAGAAAAUGAUACAAACAUACCAAAAAGCGAAAAUAUCGAUUUUUCAAUUGAAGUAAAAAAUUCCUUUAAUAAGGAUAAAGUUAACAACCAUAAGUCAAACAUUCAUGAUGUAAAUGAUGAGGACUGCAAGCGCAUUGCUUCGUUUACAGAUAAAGGAGAGAAAAUAAAAGAUCGUCUGUAUACCUCAUCUGAUAUAGAAGAUGAUGAUCUAAUAGAUAAUUUGGGGAGUAAUGACAACAUAGGAAUGAAACAAGUGAAAAACUCAUCAGCAAGAAAAAGAAUAUAUAGAGUUUUUUAUAUUCGUUUAUUUUAUGCACUAUUAUUAGGUAUAUUUGGAGUACUAAUGCAAUGCUAUUUUAUAAUACUAAGUGACAGUAAUUAUACAAUGGGAGAUGCACCCUUAAAAGAUAGAAUUCAUGAAAUAUUUAAUGAGUUACCUCCUUACUUGAAUACAAGAACUAUUAAUGGAUGCAUUUUAUUUCUUUUAAUUUUUACUCUGAUAAGGUUUGGAUUGUUUUUUCCCUUUUUAUUAUCAGUAACUAUGUUUACUAGAUUGACAUUGAUGUUAUCUUGUUUUUAUUGUGUAAGAUCUAUAUUUAUAUAUGUUACCACUUUACCUUGCCCUAUAUCUACAUGUCAACCAUUAAGGAAUAAAAGCUUAUUUGAAAAUUUACACGCAGCAUAUCUAAUAAUUACAUCACAAGUAUAUGAGUGUACUGAUUUAGUAAUUUCUGGGCAUACGGCUUUUACAACUAUAUUGAAAUACUUUUGGUUUUUUUAUGAUAAAAAUGUUUAUAUAAAAGUGGUUAUAUUCUUUUAUUGUUUAUGUAUAUAUGCUGUAAUAACAAUAUCGAGAUUUCAUUACACAGUGGAUGUAUUAAUGGGGUAUGUAUUCGGAGCAUCCUUCUUUCUCGUAUAUCAUUGGAUACUCGACAUUGCCGCCAAACGGUAUGCCAUACAUAGAUCCUUUUAUGCUAAGAAUUCUGGGUAUUUAGGAUCUUUUACUGAUAGAUGUAAGUUGCAUAAUUUGUUCAUCUGGUUAAUCGGAAAUUUAGAGGCACUUGACCACAGAUUAAACGUCGCGGUCUCGUAUGAUAAAGAAUGGAGCUCUUUUUGUCCAUGCAAACCAGUGAAUUCAAAAAGUCUAAUAAUUCGAAAAAAAUCUGUGAACAAUGAAGAAUACUACGAUUUUAGCGAACAUUUUUAUCAUUCAUAUGCAGGAAACGGGACCAUUAGUUUAUCAACCAUAAAAUAUAUACUACAUAAAAUUAAAUGCAAUCGCGGAAUAAGAAAUAAGAAUUAA